AUGACAGAGGACAACUAUCGACCACGAUCUCCCGAUUUCUCCUCUCCUCCCAACCCCCCGCCCUACGCGCCGUUGAGCAGUCCAAUAACACAUCGCGUAUCCUACGACGCUUCGCCGUUCUUCAAUACCUACCAACCUCCAAGCUCGAGUCGCAUCCCCCAGCAGUACGUCCCACCCGAUCAGUUCGCCUUUCAAGACGAAAUGGCACGUCGCUCAUCACGCCUGCAGCCUGAGGACGCGCCUGUCCCCGAGCUCGCACCAAUGCUCGCGUCCAUGCCUGUCGCGCCCAUGCCGGAGGAAGUCCCACAAGCCAGACCAGGCGCGGGCAUCGAAGUAAAGACCAAAUUCCCUGUCGCGCGCAUCAAGCGCAUCAUGCAGGCAGAUGAAGACGUUGGCAAGGUCGCGCAGGUGACACCCGUUGCAGUUUCUAAAGCAUUGGAACUGUUUAUGAUAUCUUUGGUCACAAAAGCUGCCCAAGAAGCGAAAGACCGCAACUCAAAACGCGUCACGGCUAGCCACCUCAAACAGGCCGUUGCCAAGGACGAGGUCUUGGAUUUCUUAGCCGAUAUCAUCGCCAAGGUUCCCGACCAACCAGCCGGUCGCAAGCACGAAGAUGAUGGAAGUGAUCAAAAUGACGGACGUCGGAAGCGUGGCGGACGCAAGCCCAAGGAGGAGAGUGACUGA